AUGAUUCAAGAAGCUACAGAAUCCUGCCACUGGAACCAUGUUUCCGGAACAUCCAAUCCCGCUGAUCCCCUCUCUCGUGGCGUCAAUCCAAUCGAUCUCAAACAACUUCCCAUUUGGUGGAACGGUCCGAACUGGUUAUCCCUGCCACCAUCCGAUUUGUCUGUUAACGAAAUGCCAUCCCUUGACCCACAUUGGAUGUCGGAGGCCAAAACCAACGUAACCAUGAUAGCCACACUCAAGUCCAACUUUUCCGAUAAAUUAUUCAGCCGAUACUCCUGCUUCAGCAAACUUCGUCGAUCUAUUGCAUACUGGAUGCGAUAUUUCCGUGCCCUGAAAGCCGCCGUCAAGAAGACCACCAUCGAACCUUUCGAGACCUUAACAACUGACGACCUCCGUGAUGCAGACAUCGCCCUUUCUCGGCUAGCCCAGCGCGAAUCAUUUCCAGAAGAAAUGUCCAAUCUUAUAUCCGGGGAACGUAUUCCUACAUCGUCAGCAUUGAAGUGGUUGCAACCGAAAGUCAGCAAGGAAGGUGUCAUCCCAGUUGGUGGAAGACUCGGCAACGCCCCCGUGUCCGAAGAUGUAAAGUUCCCAAUUAUCCUUUCGUCGAAGCACCGGUUAUCCGUCCUGCUAGCCAAGUACUACCACCAUAUGCUGCUCCACGCCGGUCCCCCUUUCUUCGAUUCGCCAGAAAUUCUGGAUCAUCGGUGGCCGAAACUUAGUUCGCCGCACGUACCACCAAUGUCACACGUGCUUCCGCAACAAACCCACCCUGGUGCAGCAGAGUAUCCCGACCUGCCUACAACAAGAGUGACUCCGACCAGACCAUUCGCCGUAUGCGGUAUUGAUUACUGCGGUCCCGUAUAUAUCAAAUCUCCGGUGCGUAACCGGACUCCUACUAAAGCGUACAUCGCAAUAUUUGUAUGCUUCGCUACACGUGCCGUCCAUAUCGACCUUGUAUCUGAUAUGUCAACUCCGGCUUUUAUGGCCGCUCUCCGCCGUUUCGUCUCCCGCAGUGGAAAGAUGAAGGAAAUCCACAGCGACAACGGCACCGCCUUCAAGGGCGCAGCAAACGAACUGCACAGACUCUACGCCAUGUUAAAAUCCAACCAAACCGAACGAAAGCAGAUCCUCGACUGGUGUGCAGAGAACGAGAUUAUCUGGCGUUUCAUCCCUCCGCGAGCACCACGCUUUGGAGGGCUGUGGGAAGCAGCCGUUAAAUCAGCUAAGUAUCACCUGUUACGUGAAAUCGGCAAUGUAAACGUUGGCUACGAGGACAUGUACCUGGAAGUCUUAACUCCAGGACAUUUCCUGAUUGGAGCCAGUUUCCAAGCCGUUCCAGAAAACAACUUGUGCGACAUUCCGGAUAAUCGUCUGACGCACUUUGAGCUCGCUCAGAAGCGAUUCCAACGAAUCUGGUCCAGAUGGGCACCAGAAUACCUCCAGCAACUCCAGUCACGCGUUACAAGGUCCCAGCCACCAGUAACCAUCAAACCAGGUGCCGUCGUGGUAAUCAAAGACGACAAUCUACCACCAAUACAAUGGCCGCUCGGAAGGAUCACUAAGGUUCAUCCGGGCAAAGACGGAGUGGUACGUGUCGUCACCCUGAAGACUGCAUCAUCCGAAGCAAUCGUCAGACCUGUGGCGAAGAUUGCGCUAUUACCAACAGCAGAAAAUCAUCAUCCGGAUCCUGAAAAAUGA